GCAAAAACAUUUUGUUUGAUUUGCAGAGCUAAAUCAUCUUGCAGAAGAAGCUAAACGCUGAGAUCGAGAAAAAUGGGAACGGAUGACGUUCCAUUGGACGAUAAGGCGAAGAGGAUGAGAGAUCUGCUAUCCAGCUUCUACUCGCCGGAUCCUUCGACGACCAGUGACGCUUCUUCGAAGUAUGCCACUCUGGAUGCAAUCAACACCGCUUCUUUUGAUCCCGAUCAGUAUAUGAACCUCCUUGUACAAAAGUCGAAUUUGGAAGGGCUUCUUCAGAGGCACGUUGAGAUGGCGGCUGAGAUUAAGAAUCUGGACACUGACUUGCAAAUGUUGGUCUAUGAAAACUACAACAAGUUUAUCAGUGCCACAGAUGCAAUUAAAAGGAUGAAAAGCAAUAUUGUAGGCAUGGAAACAAAUAUGGAACAGCUUCUUGACAAGAUAAUGUCAGUGCAAUCUAGAAGUGAUGGGGUGAAUACUUCUCUUUUUGAAAAGAGGGAACAUAUAGAGAAAUUGCAUCGAACACGGAAUCUUCUGCGCAAAGUUCAGUUUAUCUAUGAUCUACCUGCAAGACUUGGAAAAUGCAUCAAAUCAGAAUCCUAUGCUGAUGCAGUUAGAUUCUACACUGGAGCAAUGCCAAUCUUUAAGGCAUAUGGGGAUACAUCAUUUCAGGAUUGUAAGAGAGCAUCUGAAGAAGCAGUUGCUAUGGUAGUAAAAAACUUGCAGGGGAAACUAUUCUCAGAUUCUGAAUCAAUACAAGCAAGAGCUGAAGCUGCAGUUCUUCUGAAGCAAUUGGACUUUCCGGUGGAGACCUUAAAAGCAAAACUACUGGAAAAGUUAGAACAAUCUCUUGGAGACGUUCAGCUUAAGCCAGAGGAUUUAGAUAGUGUUUCAGUGGAGUCUAAUGACGCUUCUAAACAGGGAGCAGAUUCUGACUCGGUUCCUGUUACUGCUCAUGAGGCUUCUGUCCGUGAGUUUGCAGAGGCUAUUCGUGCUUAUCGAGUAAUUUUUCCAGACUCAGAAAUGCAACUAAUUAAACUUGCUCAAGACUUGAUUAGAAAGCACUUGGAAACAACUGAACAGCAUGUAAAGAAACGAACUUCUUCAGCCAACCUGCUGAGUGUUCUUCGAAUUAUAUGGAGAGAUGUGCUUUUGAUGGAUGAUGUAUUGCAUGAGGCUGUUCUUCCUGACUUCUCUCUGGAGGCUGCCCAGAUCGCUGUUAAAGAGUAUAUCAUCAGCACGUUUUCACAUCUUCUACAAGAUAUAUCAGAAGCUGUUAUGAAGGUCAAUAGUAGACCAAAAGAUGAAGUGGAAGAGUACUCAUUGCAAGCUGCCCUGGAAGCAAGCAAAAAAGCAGUGCUUCAAGGCAGCAUGGAUGUAUUACUGGACUUUCGCCAUCUACUUGAGGAUGACGACUUAGGGCUAGUAGUUAAACUGAGAGAUUUGGUAAUUGACUGGGUUCAAGAAGGAUUUCAUGACUUCUUCAGGUCACUUGAUCAACGCUUCCAGAUGCUUUCUGGGAGAAACAACUCAUUAAGUCAUGAUCCAAAUUUGACGGAGGGAUCACAUAGUGACAAAGUUCUCCCUGGGCUUGUCCUGGUGUUGGCUCAACUUUCCAUUUUCAUUGAACAAACUGUCAUCCCAAGAAUCACUGAGGAAAUAGCUGCUUCCUUUUCUGGUGGUGGUGUUCGAGGCUAUGAAAAUGGUCCUGCUUUUGUUCCUGGAGUGAUAUGUCGAAUAUUUCACUCAGCUGGUGAAAAGCUUUUGCAUCAUUAUAAUAAAAUGAGAACUCAGAGGAUAUCUAUUCUCCUGAGAAAGAGGUUUACAACACCAAACUGGAUCAAGCACAAGGAGCCCCGGGAAGUUCAUAUGUUUGUUGAUCUAUUUCUUCAAGAGUUGGAAGUAAUUGGAAAAGAGGCAAAGCAAAUUUUACCUCAAGGGCACCUCCGUAAGCAUAGGCGUUCUGACAGCAAUGGAAGCACAACAUCAUCUCGCAGCAAUCCACUACGAGAUGAUAAAAUGAGUAAGUCAAACACCCAAAGAGCAAGGAGCCAACUUUUAGAAACACAUCUUGCAAAAUUGUUUAAGCAGAAGGUUGAAAUAUUUACCAAAGUUGAAUUUACACAGGAAUCUGUUGUGACAACUAUUGUUAAACUUUGCCUGAAAAGCUUGCAAGAAUUUGUUCGACUGCAGACCUUUAAUCGAAGUGGAUUUCAACAAAUUCAGUUGGAUAUUCAAUUCUUAAGGACACCUUUGAAGGAAACUGCUGAAGAUGAGGCAGCCAUUGACUUUUUACUUGAUGAGGUGAUUGUUGCCGCUUCAGAGCGUUGUCUUGACCCCAUUCCUUUGGAGCCUCCUAUCUUGGAUAAACUUAUACAAGCUAAGUUAGCAAAGUCAAAGUAGCAGAGAAUGGUGCCCCCAUGAACAGUGGAAGAUGAAAUUAGUCAUUUGACUCUGCUUUAUUAUUCUGUUUCUUGGACAAUAUUUUCUACAUGAUCUCAUCAGACCUCCAAGAUGGAAUUCAUUGUUCAGACUUCAUCUGAGACCUGAGCUAACCCUACCACUCACAUCCAACAUCCGCGGUGCCAAUUCUGUGUAAUCAGAUGAUUAUUUUCAUUAUAAUUGAUUCAGAAUACUGUUGUAAAUUUGUUAUGGCUCUGCUGGUCAUUUCAUGGAAUUUCACAAUUUAGAGAACUUUGGUUGCGUUUGUUAUGGAAUAAAAUCGUGUUACAUGA